AUGCUUUGCGCAUCUGCCGUGACAGCAACUAUCCUUGAGAAUGGCCGUCCAAGAAUCACUGAUUUCCCGGAUACCAAAGUGAACUUAGCAGACGGCCAGUAUGAGACUUACAAUGCCGACGCGGAAGAAAUCUCCUACAAGGGCCGCUGGGACUCCAAGAUGAUAUCUUGGUGGGCCGGUCCAGGCAUCAAGUUUGGCUUCACAGGUCAGAGCGUCGCUGUCACUUUCGGCAACGAGACGAUCAACAGCACUCUGGUUGCCUACAGAAUUGCUGGGUUAGACUGGAUGCACACCAAUGUCACGGCGGACGCCACGCAUCUUUUUGUGAGCCCCGAGACGCCGGGAGUUGAACUCACAGGUCCCAUCAGCCCCGUUACUUUCGAGAUGAGAGUGACAAACUGGGCAUAUGGAGUACAGAUUGACAAGGUUCAUGUGGCUGCCGGCGAGAAGCUUGUCAAGAUUCCAGACUACCCACGUCGGGUCGAAUUCAUUGGCGACAGUCUAUCGGCAGGCAUGUACAACACGUAUGAAGCUCUGGCGGGCUUUGCGUAUGGCGUCGGUGCAGGUCUCGGAAACACUGAGUACUCAAUCACAGCGUAUCCAGGCAUCUACAACCCUGAGCCUUGGGACUUUUCCAGGAACCCAGCUGCAGAUCUCGUCGUCAUCAACCUUGGAACCAACGAUGCCAACGCCGCGAACAAUGUCACCAAGUCUACCUACGUGGAGAGUUAUAAAAAACUCAUCCAGGGCGUUCAUGGGAAGUGGCCCGAAGCACAGGUCAUCAUCAUGCAAAUGUGGCAAGGCUUUUUCCAAGAUGGAAAUACCUACGGCCAAAACACGGAUCUGAGAGACGAAGUGUACAGCGUGUAUGAGUACUUCAACACGGAGGAGUAUCUCAGUGACCCGAUCACUUGGGAUGCCAUCAACAAUACGACAUCUACCACAGGCAAACCAGCCAAGCCAUUUGUGCACUUCUUCAACACAACCGGCAUCUUGCAGCACAACGAUAUCGCGCCACAGUGGCACCCCACGGAUGUCGGGCAGAUCAAGGUUGCCAGCCACCUCAUCCAGUACAUCACUUUGAAGCUUGGUUGGCCACUCUACGCUACCGGACCUGAGGUUUAUCAUGAGACUCUGUACUGGAACGAUCAGUCUAGCUAUUGA